CGAGUUAUGCCAAAGCAAGACCGGCGAGCAGUGCAUUUUCAGAACGUAGACAAGGUGGCUUAGCAGGUUUUGGUUGUUUCAUGCUCCUUUCAUUUUUGAGCAUUUCAUAUUUUGAGUUUCCGUGGACCGAUUUUAAUGUUAUUUUGCUUUUAUUACUUUUGUUUGGUUUCGAUUUAAGUUUUCUGUGCUCCCUCAGCUCCCGUGUCACUCAUAUUUUUGAUUUGUUUGCUUCCCAUCCCCCACCCGCGUCACUGACGGCUUUUCCUUUUUAUCAUAGAAGGAAAAAAAACUUACUUUUUCUGUUCUUUUUUUAAACUGGCCAAGAUAGGCAUCUCGAGCGCUAAGAUGUCGAACCGAGUGGUGUGCAGAGAAGCGAGUCAUGCUGGCAGCUGGUACACCGCCUCAGGACCCCAGCUGAAUGCACAAUUAGAAGGCUGGCUAUCUCAAGCACAUGUAACGAAAAGACCUGCUCGAGCCAUUAUUGCACCACAUGCUGGUUACACCUACUGUGGAGCCUGUGCAGCCUUUGCUUAUAAACAGGUGGACCCUUCUAUUACUCGCAGAGUUUUUAUACUGGGACCAUCACAUCAUGUUCCACUCUCACGCUGUGCACUUUCUCCUGCUGAAAUCUACAGAACACCAUUGUAUGACCUGAGAGUUGACCAGAAGAUUUAUGCUGACCUCUGGAAAACGGGAAUGUUCGAGCGCAUGUCCUUGCAGACAGAUGAAGACGAGCACAGUAUUGAAAUGCAUUUGCCUUAUACAGCUAAAACUAUGGAAAGCCAUAAAGACGAUUUUUCCAUUGUCCCAGUUUUGGUUGGGGCAUUGAGUGAGUCGAAGGAACAUGAGUAUGGGAAGCUUCUUAGUAAAUACUUGGCUGAUCCUAGCAACCUUUUUGUCAUUUCAUCAGAUUUCUGUCAUUGGGGACAGAGGUUCCGCUAUCAAUAUUAUGAUGAAUCACAAGGUGAAAUCUACAGAUCUAUUGAGAACCUUGAUAAAAUGGGAAUGAAUAUUAUAGAACAGCUAGAUCCUGUAUUAUUUAGUAAUUAUUUAAAGAAAUACCACAACACCAUUUGUGGACGUCAUCCUAUUGGUGUUUUAUUAAAUGCUGUAGCUGAACUAAAGAAGAAUGGAGUGGAUAUGAAUUUUUCUUUCCUGAACUAUGCCCAGUCAAGUCAAUGCAGAAACUGGCAAGACAGCUCAGUGAGUUAUGCGGCUGGAGCUCUGGUCGUCCAUUGAGAGGCCUGCUUAACUCAGGAAGCCAUCUGCGCCUGCUGCCUGUCUCCCUCACUCCUAUGCCGAACCCAGCCUUCCCAAUUAAAGAAGUUCAGAUAGCAUUAUAAGUGUGUUGGAACAUUACAGCGUAUAAAUACCUAUUCAAUAUUUUAUAUAUAUAUAUAAUAUAUAUAUAUAUUGUAUAUAUAUAAUAUAUAUAUAUGAUCUCUUUACCCUACGUCAUGUGUUUGAAUCUUUCUUUUUUUUUUUUUUUUUAAUUUAGCUCCCUUGUGUUCAUUGAAAGAGAUUUCUUAUGUGGAUUGAGAAUGGCUGGAUCAGAUUCUGAAUAGUAGGCAUAUCCUGUAUAUGGAGCACUAGACAGGAGAUGCAGUGGUUUGUGCUCUCCAGGUGACCUAUUUCCUGGGCAAAAUCUGAUAAACCAUAUUAUUUCUUAUGUUUGCACUCUUUGCAGACUUGUGCACAUGUACUCUGCUUAAAGGUUAGUUUUGCAGAAUGUAAAAUACAAAUAAAAAAACAUGAGUGAAAGCUUACUUUUAUUUAAAAAUGGAAAAGGUAAAAGCAUUUAUAAGUUAUCCUGUAUUCUGUUAGAGUAUAUAAAUAAAGCAGUAUAGGUAGCUACUGCCAACAUUUGUACAACAGAGAACCUAAUACUGUAGUGGCUAAUAAAGGGCUACGAGCAACACAAAGUACUCUAAAUUUCCUGCUGUACAAUCUAUACCAAAAAUGCAAUUUUUGUUUUUAAUUUUUCUUUUACGUUAUCCUUUUU